AUGAGAUACUUCUUGCAGUUUUGGGUCAGUGACGUCACUCAGAGGCAGGUGAACGUCCCCGCCAACGUCACUGUUAGCGUCACGAGUCUCAGCCGUGACGUCAUCAAGUGUGCAGUGCCCAUCACCAUCACAACACAUACCCCUCAGGCUCUGAUUGCCGAGGGUUUGCACGUAGCUGGCUCAGCCCUGGACGCUCUCCUCACAUCCGUGGAGUCGAUCGCCAACGUGGGCGUGAGAGUCAUUUCGCUCGAGUCCCAGACGCUCAAACUGACGCCCGUGAAGAGGGGGGGGACGCGCGUGUGGCUGACGGCGCGCUCCAGACAGCCCUUGGAUCAGCUCCUCCUUCUGCACCGUCGCCAGAUCUCCAGCGAAUCCGGAGUGGGCGUAGUGAACGUGGGCGUAGGUGCGUGUGUGACCACACCGUCCAUGGAAGACAUGCGGGCGUGGGUGGUAGACGCCAACAAGACGGCCCUCGUCACACCCCGCCUAGACGCCCUCGAUACAGGCUGCAGCUGCCACGCCCACCCGUCACAGAUGAGGCAGCACCUCGCCCAUCUCGGGGGCGCCGACCAGCAGCCCAGCGUCGCCGCAGUCACCCACACGGCGUCGUGCCAGCCCAACCCAUGCCUCAACGGCGGCCGCUGCAUCGCCCUCGCCAACGGGCCCAGCCAGGAGGACGUGCUGAGCCUCGAGCUACGUGGAGGACGACCGAGGCUGAUGCUCGACCUCGGCAGCAGCCCGAUCCUUCUCGAACCCGCCCACGCCCACGCCGCCCCCAAUCUGGCCGACGGGCGCUGGCACCGCCUCGACGUCGUGUGGGGGGACCAUCGAGUGGACGUGGUGAGCGACCUGUGCUUGGCGGGCGGGGAGUGCCGUCUCACAGCGCCCCUUCCCGCUACCUCCCUCACCCUGGGCGUGGCGGCUCCCCUGCAGGUGGGCGGUCUCGCCAACCCGCCGCCCGAUCACCACGACCACGGCUGGCCGGCGCCCCUCACCGCCCGCGCCUUCCUCGGCUGCAUCCGAAACUUACGCGUCAAUGGCGAGGUAAGUAAGAGCGAGGGCGGCGCUGGCACUCUGGACAAGCUCCGCGACCUCGGCGAUGCGGUCCUGGGCGAGGGCAGUUCUCCGGGAUGUUUCCAUGGCGACGCAUGCGCAGACGGCGGGGUCCUGUGUCCGAAGCAGGCAAGGUGCGUGAGAAGCGACGCCGGGCCCAAGUGUGAGUGUCUUCCGGGCUGGGAAGGCGACACCUGCCACCUGAGGACACAGCCUGCCUCCUUCAGUGCCAGCAGUUACGUGAAAGUGGCCCUGUCUGCCGUGCCACCACCGAACACCACCACCGUUCACUUGAGAUUUCGCACGUGGGAGAGCUCGGGUCAGCUCCUGGCGCUGAGUUCCCAGCACGGGCGUGACCUGAUGGCGGUGCAUCUCGUGGGCGGCCAAGUCUGCCUCAAGCUCGCCCUCCACCAGAGCCCCACCAUACACCUGUGCCUCCAACAGGUGCACCUCAACGACGGCAAGUGGCACGCCGUCAGGAUAGAAAGGUUCGGGCAGUGGGCGGAGCUUGUAGUGGACGAGGGCGACGGGCCUCUCUACAACGCCACCGCCACGCCCUCCUCACUCCAGGGGUGGUCCACGCCCUUCCUGGUGGAUCGGCAGGAAGGCGUGCACGUGGGCGGCUCGCCUGAGUACGUGGGUGUGAGCCUCUUCACCGUCCACCAUGAUUUUCACGACGGAUGUCUAGACGACCUCCGCGUAUCGGGCGUGAGUCUCCCCCUCCCGCCCCUCGUCAACACCUCCGCGUGGGCGCAGGCGACCAUGUUCACCAACGUCCAGCCAUCCUGCGCCGCACCUGCCGCAUGCGCCAACGUCACCUGCCCGGAGCCGCUCACCUGUAUAGACGUCUGGCGGAGACAUCAGUGCGGGUGGGUACGAACUCCUGCGGGGGUGGGCGGUGUGGGCGCGGACUUCGAUCGAUGUAUAAUUUUGCAAACGGCCAAUUGGAACGAAAUUGUUGGUCCUCCGCCCAAUCACCAUUCUCUCGCCCCUGGCAUAGAGCAGUUACGAUUAUUCCACACAUCUGUUGUCAAUGACUUUUCCUCUGAGGGUGACAAUUGUGAGGGAGCAGCCAUUUCCGCGCCCUCGCUCUCCCUCUCCGUGGGCGCCCUCGUUACAGUGGUCGUGUUUGCCGUUCUCCUGUUCGCGGUGGUGCUAGCGGCGUACCUCGUGCACCGUCGGCGCCGUCAGAAGCGAAGUCUCUCGAAGAAGGCGAGUGCCGAGUCCUCGUUCGUGGAGAAGACGACCCAAGACGACAGCCUCCACGACGGCGAGCACGACUUCCCCGCCGACGUCAUCGAGCUGCAUCUCGCCAAGGACCUCAAGUUCUCGGGCGAGCGAUCCAAAAAUGGACACGAGAAGAUCGCCGGUGUUGACGUCCUCAGACACGAUGGUCCGCCCACGAAGAGAGGCGAGGGCGGGGCGGAGGGAGGGUGCGGGUGUCCCCACCUCCCCUCCCUCGAUGACCUUCGAAACUACGCCUACGAGGGAGACGGCAGUUCGCCCGGGUCGCUGUCCUCCUGCUGUUCCGGAGGCGACGGAGGCGGCGAGGCGCGUCUCCUCGGAGGUUUCCAGGACGUCGCGACUUUACUGAACUGCCUCGGCGGGCAACCCGAGGGCGGCUCUCCGUCCCAUUCCGGCGCCGCCCUCGCGCAGCCGAACAAGAAGACGCCGGCGCCUUCCUCCUUCGGUGCGGCGGCGAAGGCCGUCUCCGGGGGCAGCCCUUCGGCGACGCAGCUUUUCCUCGCGGGCAAGAAGGCGGACAAGGGCGGCGCUGGCGAGGCCAUCGCGAAGAAGAGCAUGAGUAUCUCCGUGUCGAAGGCGGACACGCUGGAGAUCGGCCUCCACAGCGGCGGCGCGGAGGCGGAGCUGCUCUUCCAGCCGGCCGCCGUCAGCAGCAAGUGCCACUCGCUGCCGCGUCUGCGCGUGCCGACCAUCUUCGUGAACAACCUCCACGGCGACCCGGGGGACUCCAAAGGCCGCGAGACCUACCACUACUCCCUGAAGAGGAACAAGGCGCCCUUCGCCGUCGAGACCGCGCUAGGGAUCAGAGGUAAUCCCCCCGGGUGCUACUGCGCGCAGAUCCCUCCUCCCGCGGGAUUCGAGGAGAGUCCCUCGGCCGCGCACUUAAAAAGCCGGAGCGCGUGCAGGGCGUGCGUCACGGUGGCGCUGCAGAGUGACGAGCGGCUCAGCGCCUACGGCAUCCCCCGCCGCAGCCUGUCGGCGUCGACGGUCUCGUACCUGACGCCGGCCGGCCUCAACACGCAGCUGGUGCAGCCGGCCGCCGUCGCGCCUCUCCCCCCCUGCGGCCACCGCACCUGCUCCUCCCUCAGCAGACACUCGGCGGAGAAGGGCGCGGGCGUGUGUCCGUGCAAGGUGUCCGCCGUGUCUGGCCACAGUGACUACACGGGUGGGCAGAGUUGCCAGAUGCGCGCCGCGUCGGAGAAGCUGGGCGGCGGGCGGGGAUAG